AUGCACCAAUUUGUGGAGCAGUUCUUAAAGCUGAAACCGUUCAAGUUCGACGGGAAGAGAGAUCCCGAGGCCACUACUAUCUGGGUUCAAGAAUUGGAGAAAGCCUCUGUACUGCUGGAGUGCACGGAGGAAGAAAAGGUGACCCUAGCGGUGUAUCAACUUCAGGGUGUAGCAAAUGACUGGUGGAGGCCACCCGAGGAACAGAAAAUGGCAGAGUUUCUAUGGGUCCGUCAAAACCAGAUGACAAUAGAUCAGUACGAGACGGAAUUUGCAAGAUUGUCUAAGUUCGCACCAAGGAUGGUGGAAGACCCUGUGGACAAGGCAAGGAGGUUCCGAGAUGGACUGAAACCGGAUCUCCGUAGUCAGUUGAUACUCCUGAAUUUAAGGGAUUACAAUGAGCGUUAUGAGAGAGCUCAGAUGGUUGAGCGAGACAUGACAGAAAGGGCUGCCGCCUCUGGAUCGCGAUUGCAAGAUCUUACUCUUAGUCUGAAUCUCCGAUUCAAUCCUCAGAGUGGCUAUCCAGCUUGA